AUGUCUGACUACGGUGGCGAUGACGAUGGCAGAGAUGACGAUGUCGGCGGUGACGAGCCCAUGUUCGAGGACGAGGAGGAUGUUGUCGACGACUUUGAUGACGAGGUGCCCGAGGAAGAUGAAUAUGGCAAGACUCGCGCAGCCGAUGAAGAAGAGAACAAUGUUGUAGUCUCGGGAGACCCUUCGGCACAGGCAAACCGGGCAAAAGCGGGCGAGAAGUCGCACAAGGACAAGAAGAUUCCAAACGAGGAGCGAUCAACAACACCAUACAUGACAAAGUACGAGAAGGCUAGAAUCCUGGGCACACGCGCUCUACAGAUCAGUAUGAAUGCACCCGUGUUGGUCGACCUCGAGGGCGAGACGGAUCCCCUGCAGAUUGCCAUCAAGGAGCUGCGGGAGAAGAAGAUUCCCUUGAUCGUCCGCCGUUACAUGCCCGACGGAUACUACGAGGACUGGACCUGCGAAGAGCUGCUGCAAUAG